AUGGCCUCUUCAGAUCUUCUUGAUCUGUUGACUUAUGUGAAUAGAUCAACCCAUCCAAAGCGGUCAUUGUCGCCUUAUGACUUGCGAUCUUUCGAUAGGAAUGAAUCAGCUCUCAUACAUAGUAGCCUUUUAGACAUCUUUAUUCAUCUACCGUCACCAAAGAUAGACAAACGAACAUUACAAUGGUGUCACAAUAAUGACAUAUUAAGCUUCCUUUUGGAAGAUAUCACUACUCAAAUCCCUGGGAUGAAAACUACCUUGUAUAAUUACCAAAAAAAUUCAUUAUGGAAGAUCUUGCAGAGAGAGUUGGCGCCGUCAUUAAUCACCCCUUACCAGAUAGUUGAACUCAGAUCAGCUGAUAAUACUCCGUACUAUUACGAUCAGUUGACAGGUACCGUUACACUUCAAUCUACUUAUCGUUUACCCGAUGCCCAGGGAGGCAUCAUCUGUGAAGACAUGGGUACAGGAAAGACCUGCAUCUGUUUAGCAGCAAUAAUGGUAACGAAAGACUUUUCAAAUCCUUUUCAACAUGAUGGCAAAUACUUGAAGACAGAUUUCCCUUCAAUUUUAACAGAGGCAAAUAGGCCAGGAGGAAUAACAAGUUUAAAGCACACUGCCGCUCUGUUAAUUCUAGGAUCCGGUAUAAAUUGGAAGCCUGUCGAACAACAGCUUCCUCAAGAUAUUGUCGAUGACUGGUUCAAACAAUACCCCAUAUAUUAUGAAUGGACUAAUAUACCACAACAUUUUGAUUUUGAACGAUCGCGCCGUUUUAAGCCAAUAUUCACCACUCUUAAAAUAUACCCUGCUACCACCACGCUGGUCGUCGUACCCGAUAAUUUAAUUGCACAGUGGACGGGUGAAGUUUAUAAGCACAUAAAAGAUGGGCACUUGAAAUUUAUAGUUUAUGAUGAUACCAAACAGACCAUCUGUUCGCCUUUUGAAUUAAUAGCUUAUGAUUUAGUGCUCAUUAGCCAAAACCGAUUUUCCCAUGAACAUUCAAUAGGUGGAUUGGACUUUAGCAGUCACCUAUGUCGCUGUUCUUCAAUAGCUUUUGAUAAAUGCGAAUGCUCUGUAAAGAGAAAAAAAUAUGUAUCACCAUUAUUACAGGUGCAUUGGAAGCGUCUAAUUGUUGAUGAAGGUCAUACGUUAUCUUCAAAAAACAGACAGGCUGAAUUAUCAGCAAAACUCUUUGCUAAUUGGAAGUGGAUUUGUACGGGUACGCCCACUCGAAAUCUUACCGAAACCGCUUCGACGCAAACAACGCAAGAUAGUGAAUCCGACGAUCUGAAUAGACUUGGUUUAUUAAUAGGCCAAACAUUGGGCAUCGAGCCAUUCAAGUCGAACAAGAAGCUUUGGUCCCGCCUGAUUUCUCAACCGUUUUUAAAACGGAAACCAUGGGCUGUAAACAAUUUGAAACAAAUGUUGGAGCGCAUUAUGAUCCGCAAUCAACGGAUAGAUAUUGAAAGAGAAGUGACACUGCCGCCCUUGCAUCAAAAAAUAGUUUACUUGGGGUUUGACUAUUAUCAAUGGAUUGGACAUAAUUGUCAAAUUGCAAUGAUUAGUUUGAAUGCAAUUCUAUCUAGGAGAGAAGGUGCCGAUUAUCUCUUUUCACCCAAAAAUCAUAAAGCUCUGAGAGAAACAGUUCAUAACCUAUGGCAAAGCUGUUUAUGGCAUUCUGUUGAACCAAACCUUAUUCGAUCCGCUUAUAACAACUGCAUUGAGAAAUGUACGGAAAUCGUGGAAGGUCGUACUGAUUAUAACGAAAAAGACAAUCAAGAUCUGUUUCGUAUCCGCGAUGUAUUGGAACACGCGCUGAAUGAUGAUAUGUUUCUAUGCAUGAUGACGCAUCAUUCCCCUUCUUACGUGGUUCAAGGCUUACCUGCUUUGUUCAAAGAGACGUGGGGUUGGCUGAAUGGAGAUCAUGGUGCCUAUGUUCCUGUUGGUUCUUUCCCUUGGGACGAUCAUUGUGUUAUAAAUGCUGAGAGGGUAGUAGAUGUCAUGGAUCAGGUGAUAACAGCAAAAGCGAAUGAUUCGAAAAAUUUAUUCGUUUACAAUGGGCUUAGUAAAACAUUGAUCAGCGUGGAAGACGAUGAAGAGACACAGGAUGAGCAAUUAACAUUUUACACGCUUAAUGCCUUUUCCGAUGCAAGGGUAUUGUCGAGCUCCAGUGUCAAGAUUAACUACCUUGUUGAUCAAAUUUAUAAGUAUCAAAAGACCGAGAAGUGCAUAAUUUUUUCUCAGCAUUUCAAUGAGAUGUAUGAAAUUUAUCUAGCAUUACAACUAACUAGAAUACGUGUUCUAAUGUAUCAAGAAUCUGAAAUGGUAAUGAGGAUAUUUCGUUUGGAGUGUUUUUAUUAUGAUUAUACUACGUAA